CCAUCCCAGCUUCAGCUCCCCCCUUCCCUCGCCGACCUCGCCCGUUUUUAAUCCUACCUACCGUUCCGUUCAUUCGCUGAAUCUCGACCGGGAAACGUCAUUCGUUAUACUUGGAGCCUGAUCAGGUACCCGAGGUCCUGGGAUUAUUGGCAUUUUCCGAUACUGCUUGGACAACGUGGAUUGAAUCAUUUACGGGGGGACUGACCUCCCCGAGGAGGUCAUCCCGUUCGCUGUCGAUGGCCGAAAUGUCUGUACGUUGCGACGCGAGAUGGCACCAUGAUGCGGGUUCAGCUGUCGGGACCAGAAGACAGGGUAUCCAAGGUUUCGGGUUCGUGCAGGAUCAGCAAACGACGCGACGAUGGCGCUGGCGCAGAGAUCGAUCAUGGGUCAGUGGUAUUAGCUUGAUGCUGGUUGUGUUGUUGAUAUCUUGGAUACCUCCUGCCUCUGCGGUGUUACUGGACUUUGAGAACUGUCUGGAACCCGCUGUGAUUCAAUCGGAACCACGACAGCUGCAAUUCGUCCCAUUCGACGUCUCCGUUGUUUUCAAACAGCACGACUCCCUUCACCCUUUAAAUAUAUCCAUAUACGGCAACGUCUCGGGAACUGCGAACGGGGAAUCUUAUCCAUCGCCGGAUGACCCCCAGUGGUCGAACCCGAAUGACACUGUCGGAAAGAUCGUGGACCUGGAUGCUGCCAACAACAAAUACUCCACCCUUCUGUCGUCAAUCGACGUUCUGAGCUUUUCUCCUUACAAUGAAGCGUCAAGAUUCUGCGACUCGGUCUUCCAGGGGUCUUGCCCCCUGGGCCCCGUUUUCUAUGUCAACUCGUCGGACUUGUCCGCUUUGCGCGCCUUUUCGAUUGAACAUGAUAUGCUUUCCUCCUAUUACUUUUCGACCUUGUCGUCAAGACUCGUGAUUAAAUCUGGUGACGCUGCUGCCACGAAGCUCGGUUGUAUAUCCGUCGCAAUAACCCCCGAUCUGGGGUCGUCUCUGAAAAGCACCUUGGCUUAUAUCCCCCUUGUUAUACUUGUCCUGGUCGGUAUUGCCACGGUAACGGCAGCGAUUUAUAGCCCAUGGGGUACUACGGACCCCUUCCACUGGACUAGUAAUUAUGGUCGCGACGAAGAUGUGCUCCGAUUAGUAACGCCUGGUUUUGGGGACUGCCUACAGUACAUCCAGUUUGCAGUGUUGACCGGCUCUCUAACCCUGAACUACCCUGGUUUCUAUCAGCCUGUGAUCAGCCGGGUUGCUUGGUCCGUACUCAUGUUCAAUCAGAGUUUCCUGGAUCCCGGAAACGAGCAAAACCCCGUCAAGGACGGUGUGUAUGCCGUCAACGCUACCUACGGAUUGGACAAACUGGAUCAAUAUGUCGGCAUGCCUGCAGCGCGUGAUAUUUGGCCGGGAAUGAUGGUUUGGCUACUGGUAAUUCUAGUCGUCGUCACGCUAUCAAUCCAGGUGGUUUUUGGCUUGCGUUCAAUCUCCCGCAAGAUCGCCAAUAGUCCAGAGGAGGACCUUCGCUCUAAAAACAUGCCUUUCACCGUUGGGAACAUUGUCCGGGUCGUCUUCAAUUUUCUACUGCUCCCGAUCCUAUCAAUAUCCUUUUUCCAGUUGGUUAUUGCCAGCGAAUCUCCGGCAUAUUCUGUCGCACUCGCAGUUGUGGUCAUAGUGAUCCUGGCAGCCUUCUCUCUUUGGACAGUGCGGCUCAUUGCGAACACUCGGCCCAAGUCCUACCUUUUCGACGAUCUUUCGACCGUACUACUCUACGGCCCGCUUUACAACACUUUCUGUGACGAUGCAGCUGCCUUCGCUUUGGUGCCAAUAUUUCUUACGUUCGUUCGUGGUAUUGCCAUUGGGGCGCUACAGCUCUCCGGCAUCGCCCAGAUCGUACUACUGGCUAUCUGCGAGGUGGUGUCGAUUUUGACACUGAUAGCUUUCAAACCGUACCCGUCGCCAACGUCGAUGAACCUCUACCAUGCAUGCUUCUCCAUCGUUCGCUUCCUGACGAUUUUGCUCAGCGUCGUUUUUGUUCCUUCAUUGCGCAUCUCACAGGCCGCUCGAGGAUGGAUUGGCUAUAUCAUUCUGUUCCUUCAUGCGCUUGUCAUGGUAUUCGGAUUCUUUUUGAACGCUCUGCAGACCCUUAUCGAAGUCAUUGCACGACUCGCCGGUGCGGGUGGUUACGAAGGAGGUGUUACCCGCGGUGGCCUGGUUAAGGUAUUCGGUAUGCGGCAACUGUCACGCCGUGUGCCCAGACAAAGCGUCGCCACUCGUCAAAGCAUGGGAUCUGAAGCUGCCAUGCUAGCGCACACCGAUGACAGGCUGUCAUCUCAGUUUGACGGGUCGAGACCUCGUAGUCUUUCCGGAAGCUCAGCCAUGCUUUUGAACCGUGCUGGUGCAAGUGAAGGGCGGGCUAGUGCAAUUUUCGAUUCCGGCAGCGCGCAUGGCGGAAACCACAGUCGGGCUAACAGUAGCGGUAUUUUUACGCCCUCAACACCCGGUGGCUUUGCUGCCGGGUAUCAAACCCCAGGAAGUAACUCCCCGAAGAGCGGUCCCGUCUUUGCGAUGCAUCCGCAUGACCCUUACUAUCGGCCACCGCGGCCUCGCAAGAAGGUCGUGGAUAUGGGAGCUGCCGGAGAGAAGGGCAGAGCAUCGCGGCACACGCACAGAUCUUCAAGUUACGGGGAGAUCGAUGAUGACAUUAUCGAAGGGCCGUCGGUCUCUGGGAGGGGCACGCCUACUCCCGCGUAUAUUCCGGCGCCAAAAGAUGACCUUGACCUUGAUGAUCCCCGGCAGUCACGCAAGGACUACGCGGUCCGUGAAGUCGACUUCUACUACCGAGUCCGGGGGCCGCCAUUAUCCCAGUCGGGCACGCGCAAGUUGAAGACUGGUCCAGCUGACCCCACCGGUCCGGUUUCUUCUGCUACCGGCUUCUUCCGUAGUCUGUUCCGUGGGAAAACCAAGGAGAAAGGAAAAGGCUUCGAGGUCGUGCGCAGCAGCAGAGCACCACCACCUGGUCUCUUCCCCGAAAGUGAAGAGUUCCAUGACCAACAUGAACCCUACCGAGACGAACCUGACGACCAGGCUGCCGCAGAGCAGAACCGUGAGGCCUCGGAGGCUAAUGCACAAUACCGUGAUUCGGACGGUGAAGGAAACGAGCGGUCUACGGAGACGCAGACUGUUCUGCCCAAGGUAGAAACUGGCGGCGACAUUGAGCUUCCGAGUCGCGCGGGUUCUCAGCAUAGCUCCCAGUCUCCGUCUCGACCGGGUGCCGGACGCCAGGGCUCUAUACGUUCUCUGGCUCCGGAAGAGCUGGAUCUGACGCAAAACCCUCUCUCUGUGGUGACAGAUACAGCCGCCCUGCAAUCAAUGGAAUCCGGUCACGGAGAACCAUCUGUUCAUAAUCCCGGGCAACUCCAUCCGUCGGCCUCAGUCACUGGUCGGUUACCAUUCACUGCUACCAGCUCGGCCUCCCGAGAUCGCAAUUUUUCCAUAGCUUCCACAACCGCAUCCACCACAUCAAGUCGUCGGGUAAACGAUGGAAGCACACGUGUUGAGCGUCCAUCCAGUAUGGGUUACGUCGCACAGUACCGCACUCAGGAUAAUAUCCACGAAGCCAGUCCGGAUGAACCAUCGUUUGCGGGCAGCGCCGCCGAACUGGUGGAUGAAGCGCAUCACCACGACGAGGCACACUGAAGGCAGCCUUGUCAGUCUGAAAGCAUAAGCGAAGCUAUCUUCCAUCGGCAUUGCUGUGGAGAUGACGAAUUUCUUUCUCACAAUGUGUCGUCAACAAAAGGAUUAUGUGCAAGGAGUUUGUGAUAUAUGGGU